GUCAUAUCCGAUAGAGGGCGAAACUUCAGUCGGCACUCGGCAGUGGCCAGGCGCCGAGGCUGCGCGGCGCGAAGUGCGAUAGCCACCCACUCCCCAGUCGGGAGCUCAGGGCGCGGCGGCGGUGUCCCACACACAGCCGGUGACGGGGCCUCAAGAUAUCAGCACCGGCGCCGCGGGUUGGUGCCCGUCGGUCGAUAGCGGCCCCUAUCGGGCCGGCGCCGGCGUAUCUCAGUUCUCGGCCGCUGCAGCAGUCUUCAGUGCUCCGUGGUCGCUCAGAGACAAGGGUGGGGCAGUGUUGGGCCGACAAUUGCGAGGUGUAGGCCGUGUCGCUGGAAGUGUUGCGGUGUGCGACGGUGUUGGCCGAAAUUCGCAGUGCCACAAGACAACCAUCAAAAUCGAAAACGGACUGGAGGAUCGUCGUUGAGCUGGAAUGAAGAUGAUGUGCUAGCUUGGAGGUCUCCAAUUUACAGAGAGGAAGGGGUGAGCUGAGAGCUCAACCGGUCACCGCCAUGCCUCUGUGGGGGAAAUCUCAGAAGAACCCCACAGAUGUGGUGCGGGCGAUCCGUGAUGGCCUCACUGCCCUCGAGAAGGGUGACAAGAAGACAGAGAAGGCUCUGGAGGAUGUCAGUAAAAACCUCGGUCACAUGAAGACGAUGCUGUUCGGCUCAGCCGACCAGGAGGCUCAGUCGGAGCACCAGCUGGCCAGCCUGGCGCAGGAGAUCUACAACGCCAACCUGCUCUACCUGCUCGUCAGAAACCUGGCCAAAAUCGACUUCGAGGGUAAGAAGGAUGCCACACAGAUCUUCAACAACAUCCUACGACGGCAGAUCGGCAGCAGGUCACCCACAGUGGAGCACAUCUGCACCAAAACGGAAAUACUCUUCUGCCUCAUGAAGGGGUACGAGCAUCAGGAGGUGGCCCUCCACUGCGGCUCCAUGAUGCGGGAGUGCGCCCGAUACGAACCGCUCGCCAAAAUCAUGCUCUACUCGGAGGAGUUUUACAACUUCUUCACCUACGUCGAGGUCUCGACGUUCGACAUCGCAUCGGAUGCCUUCUCAACGUUCAAGGAACUGCUCACGAAGCACAAGCUGAUGUGUGCCGAGUUCCUGGAGCAGAACUACGAGCGGGUGUUUGACCAGCACUACAAGCAGCUGCUGCACUCUGAGAACUACGUGACGCGCCGGCAGUCGCUGAAGCUGCUGGGCGAGCUGCUGCUCGACCGGCACAACUUCACCGUCAUGACCAAGUACAUAUCCAGCCCCGACAACCUGAAGCUGAUGAUGAACAUGCUCAGGGAGCGAUCCAGAAAUAUCCAGUUCGAGGCCUUCCAUGUGUUCAAGGUCUUCGUGGCGAAUCCGAACAAGCCCAAGCCGAUCCUGGAUAUCUUGUUACGGAACCAGGAGCGGCUGGUCGACUUCCUCACGCGUUUCCACACCGAUCGCAGUGAAGACGAACAGUUCAAUGACGAAAAGGCGUAUCUUAUAAAGCAGAUCAAAGAGCUAAAACCCAUGGCGGACCAGUAGUGAGUGAGCCAUACGAAUGGCAUGGGUGUGUCUGCGCAGGAGCGUGGUGGCCGUUCGGCAAGCUGGAGUUGUACAGGUGGCCUAUAGAUGGCAGCAGCGCUGCUAAGGUCACCGGACAGCGCACGUGAUUGGUGCUGACGUCGCUUCCACUGCCAUGUAACGUAGUGGGCGGACACAGGAAGAGAAAACUCUCCUAAACGUCCACCAUCUGCCAGCCGAGUCCCACGAUGGGUCGGCAUCAGACAGCAACUGAGCAGCAGCUAGGCAUCCGCCCGCCCCUUCCCUGUUAUAUCAUAUCGUGUAAAUGCCUGAGCGUCGAUUGUCCAAUGUCAGCCACGAUCGAGAUACUAGACGGCUGGCAGGCGGCCGUGUUUGUUUGACUAUUUGAGGCGGCUCCGGUGGCGCCGCCCGGCGGUGACCUUGACAACCAUCCGCCGGUUGCCAUGACGACGGCGGCGUGUCCAUAUCGUCGGCUGUGGGUACCGCCAGUCGGCGAUGAUAGUGCCAGUGGGGGGGGGGGGGGGGGGGAGGUGAUACCGCUCCGUGCGUAGCGCCCGGCUGAGUGUCUGAAACUCGCGAGUUGUGCGUAAUAUGAUAUAAAUGUGGGGUAUUAAACUGAGAUUAAUAUCGUGAGGAGCUACCUGUAACGUCAUGGUACCCGUCUUGUGUCAAAAGUGUGCUUGUUGCCCUGCCUAAGGUUAUUUGGCAGCAAAUCUGUAGUGGAGUCGAGAGGUGGUGCUGUCUGUUAACGGCGAUUGCAACUGUUCAGAAUAUUGCUGGUAAUCUACAUUUAACUUGCCUGUUUUGGUCAUGUUAUUUUAGGUCAAUCCCCCAAAAGGAGAGGCUUCAAUAGAAAUCGGCUACCGGGGCAGUCUUCAAAAUGUUGUGCGGUGCAUUUGGCAAAAUCGUUUUUCUUCCUCGUAUUAAACAUUUGAUCAAGUAAUACACCUUAAUUUACUUCUUCCCAA